GCGGAGCAGGGGCCGGCGCGGGCCGCGGGGAGGAAGUGCCGGGCCCUGGCGCAGGGACACCCGGGGUCGCGCCGCCAGCCCGCCAGGCCGUCAGGGUCGGACCAUGGAGGCGGAGCCGCCGCUCUACCCGGUGGCGGGGGCCGUGGGCCCACAGGGCGAUCUGGACCGGCUCGGGGUCCCCGAAGGGCCCGAGGCCCCGCUGGACGAGCUGGUGGGCGCGUACCCCAACUACAACGAGGAGGAGGAGGAGCGCCGCUACUACCGCCGCAAGCGCCUCUGCGUCCUCAAGAACGUGGUGGCGGCCAGCGCGGGCGGCAUGCUCACCUACGGCGUCUACCUGGGCCUCCUGCAGAUGCAGCUGAUCCUGCACUACGACGAGACCUACCGGGAGGUGAAGUACGGCAACAUGGGGCUGCCUGACAUCGACAGCAAGAUGCUGAUAGGCAUCAACGUGACGCCCAUUGCCGCCCUGCUCUACACGCCGGUGCUCAUCAGGUUUUUUGGCACCAAGUGGAUGAUGUUCCUGGCUGUGGGCAUCUAUGCCCUCUUUGUCUCCACCAACUACUGGGAGCGCUACUACACACUCGUGCCCUCGGCUAUCGCCCUGGGAGUGGCUAUUGUGCCUCUUUGGGCCUCUAUGGGCAACUACAUCACCAGGAUGGCCCAGAAGUACUAUGAGUACUCCCACUACAAGGAGCAGGAUGAGCAGGGGCCAAGGCGGCGCCCACCACGGGGCUCCCACGCGCCCUAUCUCCUGGUCUUCCAGGCCAUCUUCUAUAGCGUCUUCCAUCUGAGCUUCGCAUGUGCCCAGCUGCCCAUGGUCUACUUCCUGAACCACUACCUGUAUGAUAUGAACCACACACUGUACAACGUGCAGAACUGCGGCACCAACAGCCACGGCAUCCUCAGCGGCUUCAACAAGACGGUCCUGCGGACGCUCCCGCGCAGCAGAAACCUCAUCGUGGUGGAGAGCGUGCUCAUGGCGGUGGCCUUCAUUGCCAUGCUGCUGGUGCUGGGCCUGUGCGGCGCCGCCUACCGGCCCACGGAGGAGAUCGACCUGCGCAGCGUGGGCUGGGGCAACAUCUUCCAGCUGCCCUUCAAGCACGUGCGCGACUUCCGCUUGCGCCACCUUGUGCCCUUCUUUAUCUACAGUGGCUUCGAGGUGCUCUUUGCCUGCACAAGUAUCGCCCUGGGUUACGGCGUGUGCUCGGUGGGGCUGGAACGCCUGGCAAACCUGCUAGUGGCUUACAGCUUGGGCGCCUCAGCUGCCUCCCUGCUGGGCCUGCUGGGGCUGUGGCUGCCGCGCUACAUGCCCCUCAUGGCCGGGGCUGGGCUGCACCUGGUGCUCACCCUCAGCCUCUUUUUCUGGGCCCCUGUGCCGCGGGUCCUGCAACACACCUGGAUCCUCUACUUGGCAGCCACCCUCUGGGGUGUGGGCAGCGCCCUCAACAAGACCGGACUCGGCACACUCCUGGGAAUCCUGUACGAGGACAAGGAGAGGCAGGACUUCAUUUUCACCAUCUACCACUGGUGGCAGGCCAUGGCCAUCUUCAUGGUGUACCUGGGCUUGGGGCUUCCCAUGAAGGUUAAGCUGGUGGUGCUGCUGGUGACCCUGGUGGGGGCCGCGACCUCGUACCUGUGGAUGGAGCGGAAGCUGCAGCAGGGGGUGGUCCCGCGCCUGCCCCGCAUCCCGCGGCCCCAGCACAAGGUGCGCGGCUACCGCUACCUGGAAGAGGACAACUCGGACGAGAGCGACGCGGAGGGCGAGCGCGGCGGCGGCCGGAGAGACGGCGCGGAGGAGGAGGCGCCCCACGGCGGGCCUGGGCUCGGCCUGGAGCCGGCCGGCCAACCCCGCCGGCCGUGUCCCUACGAACAGGCGCUGGGAGGCGACGGGCCCGAGGAGCAGUGAGGGACCCCAGGGGGCGGCCUGGCCCCCAGACUUGGCUUUCCUGCUCGCCAGACUCAGUUUACUACGUCUCCGAUUCCUGCGCUAUCUUCAGGAAGGACCUACUGCCCACCCCCCUCCACCCCCGCUCCCCCAAAUUCAGGAACCGGCUUCCAGAACCCGGGGUCGCCUGGCACUUGGGAUCCGCGCCGGAGGCCCUCCAAGGCGACGUGGGGCCUUGGGACGCCCCGGCCAGCCGGAACCCGCGGGGCCGCUACCCACGACCCCGUCCCCUAGGCCCAGCCCCGUGCGGCGGCGCCUCCCACCGAACUGACCCGUGCGGCCCCUCGCGGCCUAAGAGUUUCAGGCCGCGGUGCGCGGGGCUGCUGACACUCCCCCCGACCUCUCCUCCGCGGCGCCCGCAGCUCCCCACACUCGCUCAGCCCUUUGGCGGCGGGGUACAGGGGCGGGGUCUUCUUGCCACUCCGUCCGCCGCAGACUCGCCCCAGCUCCAGGCCAAAGGCCUGGGUCGUGCCAGACGCGCGCUUUGCGCUUCCUUUCCCUUUGGGCCGCCAGGAGGCGCGACUUUUUACAGAAAAGGAGCAAUAAAGAGAUCGUGUGUUGUC